AUGGACGUGCGUACGUUUCGUGGAGUCAACAUAGACUCGGACCACUAUCUUGUCGCAGCCAAGAUACGCAUGCGGCUAUGCCGAGCGAAAACGUACGCCCCAUCACGCAACGAAAGCUGGACGUCACUAGGCUGCGAUCACAACGGACAGCAACAGCCUACUCCACUCACCUCUCGGAACUGCUCCACCAACCUACCCCUCUUCCUGUUGACGCCGGCGGACUCUGGGCGCACAUAUCCCACUCCAUGCGAGCUGCCGCUGAAACAGCCAUUGGGUUCAAGCGCCCACCCACACGGAACCAAUGGUUUCAAGACUGGCGCAUCUAACUGUCGAGAUGAAAACGGGAAUCUGGUUACAGAUACGCAGUGCACGCUGAGGUUAUGGAGGGCGCAUUUCUCCCAGCUGUUAGCAGGCGAUGACGGCACCAAUCCCGCCAUUGGAGGAAGCAGCCCGAUACCACCAAUCGACGACAAUGUGGAUAUACCACUACCUAGCCAUGAUGAGGUCCGAGUUGCUAUUAUGCGACUCAAAAACAACAAAGCAGCCGGUGCUGAUGGACUGCCUGCAGAGUUGUUUAAGGCCGGCGGCGAAGAGCUGAUAAGGUGCAUGCAUCAGCUGUUCUGCAAAAUAUGGGUAGAAGAUAGCAUGCCCAACGAUUGGAAUCUCAGCGUCCUUUGUCCUGUGCUGAAGAAAGGCGACCCGACGAUAUGCACCAACUACCGGGGAAUUAGCCUGAUUGCCAUCUCAUAUAAGGUCCUAUCGAGCGUAAUAUGUGAACGACUGAAGCCGUAUACCAGCACACUGAUCGGACCUUAUCAGUGCGGCUUCAGACCUGGUAAAUCCACCAUAGACCAGAUCUUCACAUUGCGCCAAAUCCUGGAGAAAACCCACGAAAAUGGAAUUGACACACACCAUCUAUUUGUCGAUUACAAAGCUGCAUUCGAUAGCCCGACAAGAGAACGCCUAUAUGCCACCAUGUCUGAGUUCGGUAUUCCAGCAAAGCUGAUACGUCUUUGCAGGAUGACAUUGAGCAGCACCAUCAGCUCUGUCAAGGUAGGAACGAACCUCUCCGAACCUUUCAAUACCGUUCGAGGUUUCAGACAAGGCGACCCCUUCGUGAUGGAAGGGGUUUUGCGGAAAGCCGAUAUACAUCGAGCUGGCACAAUUUUUAUAAAAGUGUCCAGCUCCUUGCUUACGCUGAUGAUAUUGACAUCAUUGGCCGCAGCAAGCGUGAUGGAAACGCGGCGCCUAGACUCCCAUGUGGUAGCAGACAGCUAUACGUUCGAAGUGGUCAAGGAGUUCACGUACCUUGGCACUGCCAUUAACACCAAAAACGACGUCAGCCUGGAGAUCAAGCGAAGAAUCACACUUGCCAAUAGGUGCUACUUUGGUCUGAAAGCAUGGGUAGUGUCAAUCACAGAUGCAGCAGUGCUUGGGGUGUUCGAGAGAAAAAUUCUUCGCAAGAUCUUCGGUCCCGUUCGGAUUGGGGACGACUUUCGCAUUCGGAUGAACCACGAGCUGUACGAGUUGUACGACGACGUGGACGUGGUACGGCGCAUCACGAUACAACGUCUGCGCUGGCUCGGCCACGUUGUGCGUAUGGAUGAAGAAUCUCCAGCUCAGAAGGUAUUCGAAGCGAGAGUCGACUACGGGCGACGACGAAGGGGACGACCAAAUCUUCGAUGGAAGGACCAAGUAGAGCAGGAACUUAAUCUACUGG